AUGGCAGUGACGGUCGUCACCGAAAACAUCGCCGCCCAGCUCGAUCUUCUCGUCGAUCUCCGUCGAUAUUUUCGUUAUGCUGCCAUAGAUACAGAAUUCUCUGGAUUCAUCCGGCCGACGCCUCCCUAUGCUUCCGAGGAAGAUCGGUAUGCCGACGUCAAAUACAACGUCGACAGGAUGAAGCUGAUACAGCUCGGAAUCACGUUAUUCGAUGAGAACGGCAGCACUCCAUGGCAGGGCUGCUGCUGGCAGUUCAACUUCUCCGAUUUCGAUCCCUUGGUGCAUCCUUCGUCGCCUAAGUCGCUCGAGCUGUUGCGCCGGAGCGGCCACGACCUCGAGGGAAACCGGCGAAACGGGAUCAAUGGCGACAAGUGGAGCAAUGUUUUGCGCAACAAGCUCUUUGAUAGACGCUACGGCUCCAUUUAUGUCACCUUCCAUGGCCUCUACGAUGUGGCCUACGUGAUCAAGCUGAUCACCGGAGGAGCGCCGCUGCCUCCUACCUUGAGGGAGUUUAUAGCUGCAGCGAGGCGAGUUUUCGGUGCAUUAUACGACAUCAAGUAUAUAGCAAAGUAUUGCGAUGGAUUAAGCGGAAGAGAAUUUGGCCUGACGAGCCUUGCACAAGAACUGGUAGUGGAACAAGAUGGGAACCCUCAUCAAGCGGCAUACGACAGUCUAUCAAUUAGCAGAGUGUUCAACGAGAUGAAUCGGAGGUAUAACAUCGGAGGGAACGAGAGGUUCGUCUCUGUUCUUUAUGGCUUAGAGAACAGUUGCACGGAGAGCAAGAAGAGGUAUCAAAGAGGUACCAUGGCCUAUCUUCCAAACUACGUUGGGCAGUACGGGUUCCAAGCUCACAGUGGAAUUCCUCCCUCCCCGAUGUUUGUGUUCCUACCUCAAGUCGGCCCGCUGUUGCAUCAAGCUCAUGGGGUUCCGAGUUCACCGGAGUCCCAACAACAGCAAAACACCCUUUCAUGCCACGGCUACGUUUCCGGGAUGGGGAACGUGAAAGUUAGGCGUUAA